GCGGAAGGAGCCGAAAUGCUACCGGAGAUUGCCGAAGCCCGAGAGGGAGGGCUGAACGUGGGGCGGAGGAAUCCGAAGUGCUGCCGGAAACUCCCGAAGCUGCGGCGGAAGGAGCCGAAGCGCGGAGUGGGAAGAGCCCCCAAGAUGGCGGCUGAGUGCGGCCUGUGCUGGCGCGCCGAGGCGCCCUACACCUGCCCGCGCUGCCACCUGCGCCUCUGCUCCCUGCCCUGCUACCGCGGCCACGGCCCCUGCGCCCAGGCCUUCGCCCGGCGCCAGCUCGAGCUCCGCCUCCGCGCCCAGCGGGCCGACCCCACCGACCGCGCCCGCCUGAGGGAAGCCCUGGGCCGUCUGCGGCAGCUACGCGAGCCCGGGGAUGCGGAGGCCGCGCUAGGCCACGACGCCCUCAGCCCCGCGCAGCGCGACGCCUUCGAGCGGCUCCUCGCCAGCGACCGCGCCGCCGCCCUCCUGCCUCCCUGGCGGCCUUGGUGGUGGCGCCGGGCCCGGGCCGGGGGGCGGGAGCUGGUGCAGGAGGUCGGGGACGCUCCCCAGCCAAGGGGGUCUCCCACCAGCCCCCAGCAGACAUCAGGGGACCCCAGCUCGGAGUCAGGAGUCGCCUGGACCUGCCCAGAGCUGGAGAACGGGGAGCUCAGCCACCCCCAGUUACUUGCGGACACCCCGGGGGACCCCCGGCCAGAGCCAGAAGUUGCCUGCACCGAGUUGGAGCUGGAUAAUGUGGAGCCCCGUAGCCCCAGGCCAGGGGGACCCCCCCGGCUCUCUGCAGAGAUAUCGCAGGGCUUCGGUUCAGAGCCAAAUGUCGACCGCACCAGCCCGGAGCUGGAGGAUGUGGAGCCCAGCCCCAUGCCCCCUGUGCCAGCCUCCAUCCCGCCACUGAGGGCCCUGACCCGGGGCCCGGCCUCCCCCUUGGUGGGCUUCCAGCUGCCCAAUGUGCUCUAUGCCUACGCCUACGCCCUGACCCUCUACCACGGGGAGCCGGAGGACGAUGCUGCGCUGCUGCUUGACUUUGCAGACACUGUCCUGAGCGUGUCUGGGGCUUUGGGGCGCCAGCAAGGCUUCGGCUCCAUUGGUGAGGCCCUGCAAGCUGCUGUGCAUGCUGUGACCGCCUGCCAGCUGCCUGAGUGUCCUCUGGGCAAUACUGGUGCCAUCCUGGCCGUGGCUGAGAUCCUGAGGGGCGAGAGUCCUGCCCAGCAGAAGGAUUACACCCUGACCUCCCUGGCCCAUCUUGCCCGGCUGCUAGGCCAAGCCAAGAAGCAGCUUCCCGCAGCGGAGCGGUCGCAUGUGUACAGAGCCAAGAAGAAGUGCGAGUUCCUGCUCUCCUGGGUCAAUGACAACCCAGCGGCAUUGCCCCUCCUUGCCCUGGAGGCAGAGGCCGAGUACCGGACUCGCAUGAAAGCCCUCAGGGAAGUGAACACGGUUACCAAGGAGCUGGAGAGGAUGUGGGGUGGGAAAAUGCCACCCCCCAAGACACCACUGAUUGAGGAGCUGGACUAAGGGGUUGGGGUCAGGCCUGGACUGGUACUUUGGACUGAACAGGGGGGGUGUGAAUAAGUUCAGACUUGAGCUGGUUGCGUGGAUUUGUAAUAAAGCCUAGUCUGUCAGCCGCA